GGUAUGGUCAGUAUUGAAACAACGCUUCAAAGUAGCAGAUAUUUGCAGAAGCCUGGAGCAUAAUAUGUUAUAUGGUAGUGCACAACAUGGAUAUCGAGUUCAGUAUAAAUGAGAAAAUUUAUAGAAUUAACCCGCAAAACGUUCCGGUCGACACGUCACUGAACACCUUCAUCCGUGACUACACCCAGUUGAAGGGAACUAAAUUCAUGUGCCGUGAAGGAGGUUGCGGGACAUGCGUUGUUAGUGCUAGUGAGGCGCAUCCGAUCACCGGUGAUAUUACCAUAAAAUCCGUAAAGUCGUGCCUUUUGCCGGUAUAUUCCUGCCAUGGGCGUGAUAUCGUUACAGUUGAAGGAAUCGGAAGUAAAACCGAUGGAUACCAUCCGAUACAACGCCGGCUAGCUGCUUUUCAUGGUUCACAGUGCGGUUACUGCUCGACAGGUAUGGUGAUGAGUAUGUACAGCCUGUUGGAGGCCAACCAGGACUCGGUAACCAUGCAAGAAGUAGAGGAAUCGUUGGAUGGAAACAUUUGCCGAUGCACAGGUUACCGGCCUAUUCUUGAUGCAUUCAAAUCGUUUGCAACGGACGCUAGUAGCAGUAUUGUUACAUUAUGUCGCGAUAUUGAAGAACUAGCAGUGGGGAAAGAUUGUUCGAAGAAGGCAUGUAGAGAAGUUUGUACAAAAUUUCGUAACUCGAACAAACACGAAACAAUUCAUAUGGUUGAUGAAGCUGGAAAGGAAUGGUAUAAAGUUUUCAGUGUUGAUAGUAUUCAGGAAAUCUUCAAAACGAUAAAUGAUAAACAUUAUAUGCUUGUUGGCGGUAACACAGCACACGGAGUUUAUCGCCGAAGUAAUGAUUUAAAAGUUUUCAUUGACGUAAGUUCGGUGAAAAAAUUACACGAACGAUCAAUUGGAUUAGAUCUCACUAUUGGGGCAAAUGUGUCUCUCAGUGAAUUUAUUGAAAUUAUGGAUGAAGCUAUCCGGGGAAACUUAAGAUUCCAGUAUAUGAAGAAAAUGAUAGAACAUGUAAGAUUGGUUGCGAACCAUGCUAUACGGAACUUCGGAACCAUAGCAGGAAAUCUUAUGAUAAAACAUCAACAUCCGGAAUUCCCUUCAGACAUAUUCCUUUUACUGGAGACAGUUGGAGCAACAAUGUUAAUUGAAACGGAUGCCUUACCGAUUACCGUAAGCCCAAUAGAAUUUCUUUCAGUUGAUAUGAAUAAGAAAAUUAUUGUUAGCAUAACAGUUCCUUCUUUAGACCCCACCAAAUGUGUGUUCCGAUCAUUCAAAAUAAUGCCAGUGGCCAAAAACUCUCGUGCGUACGUGAACGCAGGAUUUUUGGUGAAAUUUUGCAGAACAGGCAAGGUACCCGAACAAGUGACUAUUGUGUUUGGUGGUAUUAAUCCUUCAUUCGUUCAUGCUACGCAAACCGAAAACUUCUUACUUGGAAGACCGCUGUUGAAUAAUGAAACUUUACAACAAGCUUCAGAGAUAUUGAGCACCGAACUGGAACCUGACUGGGUGCUCCCAGACGCAUCUCCAGCUUAUAGAAAACAACUAGCGAUUUCCUUGCUCUAUAAGUGUGUAUUGAGCAUUGCUUCCGAAAAUUCCAUUGAUUCAGAAGCAAAAUUCAAAAGUGGAGGUUCAACGCUACAGCGCCCAUUAUCAUCCGGGAAACAAAGCUACGACACAUACCCUAAAAAGUGGCCUUUAACUCAAAACAUCACGAAACUAGAGGGACUAGCACAAACAUCUGGAGAAGCCGAGUACAUCAACGACAUGCCGAGAGUAUGGAAUGAAUUGCAUGGCGCUUUCGUGAUGGCAACUGCAGUUCACGUUCGCAUAAUAAAGAUUGAUGCAACAAAAGCGCUGGCGCUUGAAGGCGUGGUUGCAUUUUACUCGGCAAAAAAUAUACCAGGCAUCAACAAUUUUAUGCCACUGGAGCUAGGAAAUCCUGAUGUGGAAGAAGUUUUCUGCAGCGGUGAAGUCAAAUAUCACAGUCAACCGAUCGGUUUGAUUGUUGCCGAAUCAUUCGAACUGGCCAAUCGUGCUACUGAAUUGGUAGAAGUGUUUUAUGAGCGAAUCCCCGAUAAGCCGCUUUACGUCACUGUUGAGCAAGUAUUGGACCACCAGGCCUAUGACCGUAUACAAAACCAAGGCUAUGACCGUCACGGAUCGCAGUAUAAAAAAGCCUCCGCACAGGGGCCCAUAAAAAUCCAAGGUCAGCUCAGUUUGGGCGGUCAGUAUCAUUACACGAUGGAAACUCAAGUCUGCUUCUGCCUUCCGAAGGAAGACGGUAUGGACAUUUAUUCAGCGACACAAUAUACUACGUCAGCGCUAGCGGCAGUUUCUCAAGUUUUGAAAGUUCAUCAAAGUCAAUUGAAUAUUAGCGUUCGGCGGCUGGGCGGUGCUUAUGGUGCAAAGAUUACACGUGCAUCCCAAAUCGCUUGUGCUUGUGCUGUGGCUGCACAUUUGACUCAGCGUCCCGUACGGAUAAUAUUGCCCAUGGAAACAAACAUGUCCGCCAUCGGGAAACGUACGGGAAUAAUAUGUGACUAUGAAGUAGACGUAGAACGUGACGGGAAAAUCAAUCGAUUAACUAACACUUUUACUCACGACGGUGGGUUUGCAUUAAACGCACAGCUAGCGUUUAUGACUGGUGACGUAUUCAAACACUGUUACCGAAACGAUCGUUGGAACGUAAUAGGAAACAUUGCUCGAACGGAUGUGCCUGGAAAUACCUGGUGUCGUGCCCCUGGUACUUCGGAUGGGAUCGCUAUGAUAGAAAACAUUAUGGAACACAUUGCUCACGUUACUGGUAAAGACCCAUUGGCGGUUCGUACGGUGAAUCUGGUAAGAGGAAAUAAAAUGGCCGAAUUGAUGCCAAAGUUUCGAAAGGAUGUCAAUUUUGACGAACGCCGGAAAGAUAUCAAUAUGUUCAACCUACGAAACCGCUGGCGCAAGCGUGGCAUUGCGAUAAUACCUGUGGAAUAUCCACUGGAGUAUUCUGGCACUAUGAACGCUUUAGUUUCAGUUUACAAUAUCGAUGGAUCUGUUGCGGUGACACAUGGAGCCAUCGAGAUGGGUCAAGGUGUCAAUACGAAAGUCGCCCAAGUGGUAGCACACAUUCUUGGAGUUCCUUUGGCGAAGAUCGCAGUGAAACCAAGUACAACGUUAACGUCGGCCAAUUGUGGCGCAUCGGUGAGCAGUAGAGCGACUGAAACAGCUGCUUUUGCUGUCCAAAAAUGCUGUUAUAUAUUAUUGGACCGUUUGAGGCCUCUCCAGCAGGCGAAUCCUCAAGCACCAUGGGAGCAAAUCGUAGCGCAGGCGUUCACAGGUAACAUUGACCUUACGGCUAUCUACCGCCAAAAGCCGACAGAUCUGGAAGCAUAUACUGUAUGGGGUUUGACCUGUGCUGAAGUCGAAGUGGACAUCUUAACUGGCAACGUACAAGUAACUCGCGUUGAAAUACUGGAAGAUGUUGGACAGAGUAUGAGUCCUGGAAUUGAUAUCGGACAGGUGGAAGGAUCGUUCAUCAUGGGGCUUGGGUAUUAUCUUACGGAAGUGUUAGUGUACGAUUUCUCGAGUGGCGCGCUAGUGAAUAACCGCUCAUGGAAUUACAAAGUUCCCGGCGUGAAAGACAUUCCCAUUGACUUUCGGGUGCAGUUUUUGAGGAACAGCUCCAAUCCCCACGGUGUGUUGCGGUCGAAGACAGUGGGGGAGCCAGCGUUUUGUAUGACUCCAGUGCUGACGUAUGCGUUACGAUAUGCUCUACGGUCAGCGAGAAAAGACGCUGGGUUGCCUGACGAUUGGAUUCCAAUGGGAACUGGAAUUACACCUGAGAAAAUAUUUUUGAUGGCUGGAAACUCAAUUGAGCAAUAUAAAUUGAACAAGUUUGCCUAUUAAAAAAAUUGUUAAAAUUUACCCCGAAUGUCGAGAAGUACUAAUCAGGAGAAUCAUAUUUCUAUUAAUAGUUGUAUCAAUUGAAAAAGGGGUUUAGUAUAAUAAAC